AAAGCUUUUAAAGCAAAAAUAAUAUUGGAAUUGUACAAAAGGAUGCCAGGGGAUAUAAAUAUUUUAGCUUUUAAAAAGCCGGUUAUUUGCUUUAAAUGCGGGCAGUUAAGCUAUAUCGUUGCAGCAUGCAAAAUACGAACGGAUAAUUUGAAAACCCCGUUAGCUUUAGCAACCAUACAAAGGGCGAAAAGAAAAAGGCCCGAAGUACGGUGUUACGGGUAUAAAAAGCUAGGCUAUAUUCGGCCGGCGUGCUUUAAAAAAAGCAAAAUAUUGCCAUUUAAUUCGAUACCGCUAUUUAGCCGUUUAAGCACCGGGGCUUAA